AUGUACGAAGACUCCCAUGAUUCAUCCUCUGCCUCGGAAUAUUCCAGAUUAAUGGACCCAGUGGAGCUUGAACAGACUUCACCUCGUGCCAACUCGAAUCUAGAUGAUAAUGAUUUUUACAAAGUUCGUUCUGACAGUUCAACUCCCCGGAAAUUGAUGAACCGACAAAACUCAGUUAUAUUAGCAAACACAGGGGAAAGAGUGCGCAGAGCAGUCACUUUGACACUACCGCAAGAUUUUGAUGUGCUGCAUGAAACGAUUGCAUAUCGGCGGCAAUCAAACUUCAACCACAUGUUGCAAAUAAUAAAACGAAUUUAUUUCAACAAUGUGUUUCGCGGUGUGUUCAAAUGCUCGAUGGCGUACUUUCUUGCUUCGUUGGGUGUGUUUGACAGAUCAUUUGAUGACUUUCUAGGGUCAACAGAUUCAAAGCAUGUCAUUGCCACUGUAGCUGUGUAUUUUCACCCGUCAAGAUCCCGAGGAUCCAUGAAUCAAACACUACUUUUUGUUAUCAUUUCGCUUGUUUUUAGCAUUACUGUGUCAUUGAGCUGCCGGUUUAUCUCAGCUGUGGUAUACGUUGGUGGAAAGGAUGAAGUGAGCCAUAUCAUUGAUCUCAUUGUUAGUUCUGUGGCAUUGGGGGUAAUUGCAUUCAUGAAACAAAAGGUGAAUAAGCAAACGUUCAAUACCGCUUGCUCUCUAGCUUGCAUUACUAUUGUCUCGUGUAUUGUGAAGGAGGGUAGUAUAAGUUCCGGUAGUAUCCCCACUGAAAGGAUCGAGGCGACGUUCAAAGUGGUGAUCACCGGAUGUAUCAUUUCCCUUGCAUGUUGCUAUUUGAUAUGGCCUGAGAGUGCAACCAAAGAGCUACAGCAUACUUUGAAUGACUCUUUUAAAAACUAUUCCAAAUUGUUGUUGGUUCUAACUAGGCGAUUUGUGGCAGGAGAACAAUUGAACGCAAGAGAUGAGGCAUUGAUUGACAAAUUGAAAAAGAAUGUCACUUCAAUGCAGCAGUAUUUAGAGGAAACAAAGUACGAAUUAUGCUUAGUGGGCAAAGAAGCAGAAUGGGAGUACUACAAGAGAUUAGUUCAAUCAACUGUGUCAUUAGCACGUCAUUUACAAGCUUUGAGUUCAGCCACAAGGAUGCAGUGGAGCUUGCUAAGUAGCACCUCAGGAGAGAAAAGCACAGCAUCAACACUACGGAGCUACAAUAGUGAUGAGUUGGAAAGCUCUUCCUCCAUAGGUCAAUUCAAUUCCCCCAGAACAAGGGUUGAGGAAACCGAUAUGGCAUCAUCCCUACAGCUAUUCGAUUUGUUUGUAUAUCAUUUGGCCCCUUCAAUCAAGUCUUUAGUGUUUACUGUGAGAGACGUACUCAACAGUCUCCCUCUUGGUGGGUUUGUUGCUGCAGAAAUGACUGAUUCAUCGAAUUACCAAACUGCAUUGGCUAGUGCAAUAGAAAUGUACCAAACGCGACAGGUUUUGUCAUUCGAGCAUAUUUAUAACCAAGAGUCAUUUACUCAAAACGAAAACUUUGACUUUAAAGCCGACCAGGAAGAAGUGGCAGCAUGUUGUGGGAACUUUGCCACCCUCUUAUCUCAGUUUGCUAGUGGGAUGCUUGAGUGUUUGAAAUUGUUUGACGAGCAUCACGACGCAAAAACUGCUCCAAGGUCUUGGUCGUGGAUACGUCUUGAACGGGGUAAAUUUGCUAAAGAUCACCAUUCUAAUGCCACAAGUUUACAUGCAGCGUUGGAUGACUUGCGAGAUCAAUAUGGCAUACCAAAGGAAGAACCACACUUUGACUCUUUUACAGAACGUGUUAGCUAUCGUAUUUGGAGCAGGUUCAAGUACUUGAAACGUGCUGAUGUGCAGUUUGGUUUACGUGUGGGGCUAGGUGCUGCAUGUUUGUCACUUUUUGCAUUCGUUCCAGCCACAAAGGAAAUUUUCGAAAAUUGGAGACUCGAAUGGGCGUUGACUGUUUAUUGUAUUAUGAUGAAUAAGUCAUUGGGCGGGACCUCAAUGACAGUUAAGUGGAGGAUCAUAGGUACUUUCAUUGGCGCAUUCGUUGCCUUUUCCACGUGGACAAUAUUCGAAGCAAAUGUCUACGUUUUGGCGUUCACUGGUAUCCUAAUCUCAAUUCCGUCAUUCUACAUCAUUUUAUUCUGGAAACAAAACAACCCUUUUGGAAGAUUUAUCUUGUUGACGUACAACUUGACAAUGUUGUACUCGUACAGUAUGCUUCAAAAGGAUGCGGAGGAUGAAUUUGAAGGUGGGGAAAACCCAAUUAUUGGCGAAAUCGCAUUCCAUCGUUUUGCUGCGGUCUCCAUUGGCAUAAUUUGGGCAUUGACCAUGGCAACUUGCUUUUUGCCAAAUAGUGCAAGAUCUAGGUUAAAGAAUGGGUUGUCGAUCUUGUGGUUGCGAUUGGGGGUCAUUUGGAACAGUGACCCCUUAGAGUAUAACCCUGAUACAAUGGAGUUGGUGGGUUUCAAAGCUGAGGAAGGGACAAACAAGAUUUUGUCUGAAUGUGAGACUUUACUCAAGCAAGCUCCUGUUGAGUUUCGGUUGAAGGGUAAAUUUCCGACGCAAACGUACGCUAAACUAAUCAAAGAGACCUCGGCCAUCAUUGAUGCUUUUCAGAACUUGGACUUGUUGAUUAAAGCAGAUCCCAAACUCAACAGCAACGAAGAGUAUGUGUUGAAGUAUAUUGAAGUAGAGAGGGGUGAGGUUGAGCAGAGGAUAUUCUUGGUAUUCUACAUGAUUGCCAGUGCCAUGAAGUUGGGAUUUUCACUUCCAAAGAAAUUUGCUUCUAUUGAACAUGCUAAAGAUCGAAUGUUGUACAAAUUGAGUGAAAUUAGACAACAACAAGAUAAUGGAUUUGUGUUGAGAAAUGAUGAUUUCAUAUUGUUGUACUCUUAUAUUUUGGUUGCUUCUACUAUCUCCGAGCAAUUGGACAAGAUGUUGAUUGAUAUAAAGGGUUUACUUGGUGAGAUAUCAGAGGACAAGUUUAGAUUAGUUUAG